CACUUAUUCUCUCACUAUAUUGUAGUUUGGGAUCUCGUAGACUAGCAGAAUGUCUGAAGAAUCCGCUCCGCAGCAAUUCUCCUUUCCUAAGGAAGAAGAGAACAUCAUCGAGUUGUGGGAUGACCUCGAUGCCUUCCAGAGACAGUUGGAGUUGACCAAAGAUCUUCCACCAUUCGCUUUUUUUGAUGGACCUCCUUUCGCCACAGGUACUCCUCACUAUGGUCAUCUUUUGCAGUCAACUGUCAAGGACAUUAUUCCCCGUUACGCUUCCAUGAACGGUCAAUAUGUAGACAGAAGAUUUGGCUGGGACACCCAUGGGCUUCCUGUUGAACACGAAAUCGACAAAAAGCUUGGUAUCACAUCUAAAGAAGAUGUCUACGCUAUGGGAAUUGACAAGUACAACGACGAAUGUCGUGCCAUUGUUAUGAGAUACGCUGGUGAAUGGCGUAGAACUGUCAAGAGAAUGGGUAGAUGGAUCGAUAUGGACAAUGACUACAAGACAUUGUACCCAACUUUCAUGGAGUCUGUAUGGUGGGCAUUCCAGCAGUUGUUUGAGAAGAAUGCUGUCUACAGAGGAUUGAGAGUUAUGCCUUACUCGACCGCUUGUACGACUCCAUUGUCAAACUUUGAAGCUCAGCAGAACUAUAAAGAUGUCAACGAUCCUGCUGUCACUAUUGCUUUCCCCUUAUUGGAUGAUCCAGAGACCAGCUUGGUAGCAUGGACAACCACUCCUUGGACUUUGCCAGCCAACAUUGGUUUGGCUGUCAACCCCAACUUUGAAUACGUCAAGAUCUGGGAUGAGACCAAGAAGACCCACUAUAUUUUGUUGGAAAAGUUGCUCUCAACUUUGUACAAGAAGCCAGCUUCAGCCAAGUUCAAGAUCGUUGAAAAGAUUAAAGGUAAGGACUUGGUUGGUCUCAAGUACAAGCCAUUGUACGACAACUUCUAUGAAGAAUUCAAGGACCGUGGAUUCAGAGUUAUUGACGGUGAGUACGUUACUGAUGACUCUGGUACUGGAAUUGUUCACCAGGCACCUUCUUAUGGUGAAGAGGAUUUUUCUGUCGCUACCAAACACGGCAUUAUUGACGAAAACAGGCCUCCUCCAGACAUUGUCGACGACGCUGGUAAGAUGAACGGCAAGAUUCCCGAACUCAAGGGUCUUUACUUCAAGGAUGCAGACAAGGUUAUCAUCAAGAAGUUGACUGAAGACGGUAGAAUAUUGGUUAGUACUCAGGCUAAGCACUCGUACCCUUUCUGUUGGAGAUCAGACACUCCAUUGAUGUACAGAACUGUUCCAGCCUGGUUUGUCCGUGUAGGUGAAGUCAUUCCAGAUAUGUUGAAGAACGUAGAACAGACUAACUGGGUGCCCACGAACGUUAAAGAAAAGAGAUUCUCCAACUGGAUUGCCAAUGCCAGAGAUUGGAACAUCUCCAGAAACCGUUACUGGGGUACUCCAAUUCCAUUGUGGGUUUCUAGUGACUUCGAAGAAAUUGUAUGUGUAGGUUCUAUUGACGAAUUGAAGAAGUUGUCUGGUCGUGAUGAUAUCACCGAUAUCCAUCGUGAAAGCAUCGAUAGUAUCACAAUUCCAUCUAAACAGGGCAAGGGACAAUUGAAGAGAAUUGAAGAAGUGUUUGACUGUUGGUUUGAAUCUGGUUCUAUGCCUUAUGCUUCUAACCAUUAUCCAUUUGAAAACAAAGAGAAAUUCUUGAAAGCUUUUCCAGCCAACUUCAUUGCUGAAGGUUUGGACCAAACCAGAGGUUGGUUCUACACUUUGACGGUGUUAGGUACCCAUUUGUUCAAUACAGCUCCGUACAAGAACGUCAUUGUGACUGGUCUUGUGUUGGCUGCUGAUGGUAAGAAGAUGUCCAAGCGUUUGAAGAACUACCCUGACCCCAGCGAAGUUUUGAACAAAUAUGGUGCUGAUGCCUUGAGGUUGUACUUGAUCAACUCUCCAGUUGUUAAAGCAGAGACUUUGAAGUUUAAGGAAGAAGGUGUGAAAGAAGUUGUUUCGAGUGUUUUGUUGCCUUGGUUCAACUCAUACAAAUUCUUGAAGGAUGCUGUAGAUAUUUUCAAGAAGGACAAUGGUGUUGAUUUCAAGUACGACGAGAGCUUGGUCUCUACCAACGUCAUGGACAGGUGGAUGUUGGCUUCGAUUCAAUCGUUGAUUGAAUUCAUCCAUACGGAAAUGCAGGGUUACAGAUUGUACACGGUUGUACCUAGAUUGUUGUCGUUCAUUGACGAGUUGACCAACUGGUACAUUCGUUUCAACCGUCGUCGUAUCAAAGGUUACGGUGACAAUGAUGUUGACGACACAAAGAAAGGACUCAACACUUUGGCUGAAGCUUUGUUGACGUUGUCGAGAGCCAUGGCUCCAUUUACUCCUUAUUUGUCUGACAACAUUUUCCAAAGAAUCAAGGGCUACUUCAAGCCGGAAACUUUGGAAUCGUUUGCUGUUAACCCAGACGUCAAGGACAUCAGAUCGGUUCACUUUUUGUCUUACCCAAGCGUGAGAAAGGAGUACUUUGAUGAAGAAAUCGAAGUAGCCGUUUCGAGAAUGCAGAAGGUUAUUGAACUAGGCAGAAACAUCAGAGAAAAGAAGAUGAUCUCGUUGAAGACUCCUUUAUUGGAAUUGGUUGUUUUGCACUCUGACAAGAACUACUUGAAGGACGUGGAAUCCUUGAAGGACUACAUCACCGACGAGUUGAAUGUCAGAAAUAUUGUCAUCACUUCUGAUGAAGCCAAGUAUAACGUCGAAUACACAGCAGUUGCUGACUGGCCAGUCUUGGGUAAAAAGUUGAAGGGUGACGCCAAGAAGGUCAAAGCUGCAUUGCCGAACGUUACCUCAGCUGAAGUGCAAGACUUUGUUGAAUCUGGAAAGAUCACUGUUGAUGGAAUUGAUUUGGUAAGAGAAGACUUGCAAGUCCAGCGUGGUUUGCCAGAGUCCAAGACUGCUGAAGGAAAGGAAGCCAGAUCGCAAGGUGAUGUUUUGAUCAUUUUAGAUGUCAACAUGCACCCAGAAUUGCAGAACGAAGGUUUGGCCAGAGAAUUGAUCAACCGUAUCCAGAGAUUGCGUAAGAAGGCCGGCUUGAACACCACGGACGACGUCAAAGUUGAGUUCAAGCUCAUCAAGGACACUGUGGACUUCCAUUCGGUGUUGUUGAACAACGAAGAACUCUUGCUCAACUGUACCAAGAGACCUAUUCAUGCCUUCUCUGAAGUUGCUGAAGACAAGAUUAUCAUAGAUGAAGAACAAGCCAUCAACGAUACCACCUUUAACUUGAGAUUAUUGAAGAUCUAAAUUGUCUAGAAGUUGCCCUUUCAUGUUAUACGACCGUACAUAUAGAUCCUAUAUAUUAUUAUUGUUACAUUGUAUUUAGAAUUAAUACCGUUUAUAAAA